AUGCAAAUGACCACGCUUGCGGGUUUCUUAUGGCUCUUUCAUUUGCUGCUUUUGAGUUCUUUUGCUGAAGAAUUUGCCAGGGGAGAAGAGCAACUGGAGGCUCUUCUGGACACGGAGACUCACCUCAUUGAUGAACUACGUGACUAUAUAGAUAGGCUGGAGCUUCAGCUAGAGGAGAUUCGCAAAGAGACGGCGGAGAUUGAAAAGAUUCACAUCCAAGUGGCCGCUGAUGGAGUGGAGGAGCACAUGGGCAAUCCCCUCAAUGUGCUGAUCAUCCUGAAGAGAUUUGAGAGUGUGUGGCCCAAGUUGGAGCAGCAAGCCAAUGCCACACUCCAGCUGGGUCCAGGAGAGGGACUCCUGUCCGGUAGAGACCUCACCCUGCCCACUGAGGAGGAGUACGAGGAGUCACUCAGCCACCUGCUGCACCUUCAGUCGGUCUACGACCUGGAACCUGCAAGUCUCUCCCUUGGAGUAGUGAAUGGCCUGAAGCUGGGCUCCGCCAUGUCCUGGGGCGACUGCCUAGAACUGGCUCGUAAGGCGGACUUCCCGGUGGCUCGGUUUUGGCUAGAAACUGCUCGGGACAAGUUGCCCGGUCCCAAUGAAAACUCCACAGAGUUGCAGAGGGAGCGGGAACGAGGACAAGUCACGAUUCUGGAAACAACACUGAAUAUGGAAUACCGUGCUGGCGAACUUUCCCGAGCCCUGGUAGCAGCCGAGGAGCUUAUCCUGUUGCGGCCCAAGGACAAAGGUUUACAGAAGGCCAAAGAAAAGAUUGAGCAGACCUUGGCCAAUAAGGAAUUGCCCAAGGGCAAAAGACGAAAGUCGAAAAGGACAAAGACACAAGUAACCAAGACAGACGAGCAGCAGCUCAUAGAAGAGCUCUGCCGUGGGGCAGCCCAUGAAGCCACCACCGGGAGUCGCCUCCACCAGUGCCAUCUGGCUAAAAAUACUCCCUGGACACUCUUGCAGCCUCAAAAGAUAGAACCCCUGAGCUCCAACCCUCACAUAGUUCUCCAUCACGAUGUUUUGACCACAAAGCAAACUGAUCAAUUGCUGGAACUCAUGGAUGAGGAUGAAGAGAAUGUUUCAAGCCGAGGUGGCAGUUAUCAACCCAUGAAGUUAACCAAGUUGGCGCAGAAGAAGAUGAGGAUUGUUUACCAGAGGCUGCAUCUAAGUCACAAGCUCUGGGAAUCAUCGAGUCCCUGGCAGGGACGUCGUCAUGGCCACGGGCACACCAGCGAGCUGGAGAAGGACUCCGAACUUGGUCGUGGUCAUGCGGCACGUGGCAUGCUAAGCUUGCAGGCACCCGGAAUGGGCGGCGCCGUGGUCUUUCCCCAACUGGAGCUCGGCGUGAAUGUCCCACGUGGCGCCCUGCUGCUGUGGCACACACGCACCGCCGGCGGUUUGGGAUUGGGAUCCGCAUCCGGACAUGGCUUUGAGUGGGACUACCGCAGUCGCCAGGCAGUCUGUCCCGUGCUCCUCGGUGCACAGUUGUCCGCGUGGACAGGACUCAGUUGA